CGCGCCAUUCCGACUCAAGCUGCAUUGCUCUGCCCCUGGGCACCGAGUUCAGAUCACCAAGGGCGGAUUCUGAUGCGCGGAGAGUUUUGGGUUAGAAAAGGCAAAAGGAUUUGUGUACGGCAAUCUCAAACACAACGACACAUCAUCUCUGUGUCUGUGAGUUCAUCGGCACUUGAAUGCCUCCGAUCUCUGAAUGUGGAGGAGGAGGUUCUUGAGAAGAGAGCGCAGCAGUCACAGCAAGAACCCGAACGCAUGUUCACUGUAGGGAUGAGAUUCGAGAUGAACCAUUCUGGUGAUAAAUCUUGUAAAUUGUCUUCAGUUUGUUGAAGGAGUGAGCAGAUAUCAAUCCAUCAGUUAUCGGCCUUUGGAAAAGAAGAUGCACCUCUUCCCAGCUGGAAACGUGCAUCUGCUUUCUGUCUAAAUUGAAGUUCUUUUGUUUCGACAUCUCAGUGAAACCGUUGGCCUUAUGAACACUCCAGCCUGUCCUCACCAGACAUCAGGUGCUCAACUGCUUGAAGCGUGGGAGGGAUCUACUAUGUCAUCUGAUCCGAUGAGGUGCCAGAGGGAGAAAUCAUUCACCUGCUCGGAGUGUGGGAAGCGAUUCAAUCAGUCCUCGAAACUCAUAAGGCAUCAGCUAGUUCACACCACGGAGAGGCCGUUCACCUGCUCCCAGUGCGGGAAGGGAUUCAUUGAUUCUUCUGACCUUCGAAUACACCACCGGCUUCACACUGGAGAGAGGCCAUUCAUCUGCUCCACAUGUGGGAAAGGAUUUAUUACGUCUUCUCUGCUACUGAGACACCAGCGGGUUCACACAGGGGAGAGACCAUUUACCUGCUCCGUGUGUUGGAAGCGAUUCAUUCAGUCGUCCCACUUGCAGGCACACCAGCGGGUUCACACCAGGGAGACGCCUUUCACCUGCUCUGAGUGUGGGAAGGGAUUCACUGAGUCAUCUGACCUGCAGAAACACCGGCAAGUUCACACCCUGGAGAGGACAUACACUUGUUCCGAGUGUGGGAAGGAAUUCACUCAGUCGUUCCAGCUGAUGAGACACCAGCGAGUUCACACUGGGGAGAGGCCGUUCACCUGCUCCGAUUGUGGGAAGGGAUUCACUCAGCCAUCCCAUCUGAUGAGGCACCAGGGAGUUCACACUGGGGAGAACCUUUCACCUGAUCCAUGUGAGGAAAGGGGUUCUUUCAGUCCUGUGAGGUUCUGAGGCACCAGCGAGCUCGCAGUGGGUAAAGACCAUUCACCUGCUGUGUGGGAAGGGAUUCAUUCAGUCAACCGACCUGCUGACACACCAGAGGAUUCACGUAUCAGCAAAUUCACACUUGGGAGAGGCCGUUCACCUGCUCUGUGUUUGGGAAAGGAUUCAGGCUCUCAUCCCAGAUGAUGAGACACCAGGGUGUUGACACUAAGCAGACUCGAUACUCCUGUCCUGUGUGUGCAAAGAGAUUUAAUCACUGCAGAAAAAAAAAAUAAGCUGCAUGUUGUAUGUUUCAGCAUUACAGCUGCUGAGUCCAGCUGCAAGUUCAUGACCGAUUGUUGUGUCAGAUUUCUGCAGUUAUUGUGGCUGCUUGUCACACUCAGGACUGAACCCAGUCUCUGGGCAUUGUUGGGGUUCCUUCCACUGUCGUUGAUCUUUGUCCAGACUGGACUUUAAUGUUGCCGGUCUGUGACCAUUAAAGCAUUUUAAUUUAAAAUCCUGUGUCACAGGUUCUCACUUACUAUGCAACCCAAUAUUCGUACUGAGGCCAGUCAGCCCAG